AUGCCCGAGCGGAACUUGGUUUCCUGGACAUCGAUUCUUGUCACGUACUCGCAAAGCGGGUGUUACAACACGGCUAGGCGAGUGUUUGAUGAGAUGCCGCAGAGGAAUUUGAUCUCCUGGACCUCUAUGCUUGCAGCAAAUGCCAGGAGUGGGUAUCUGGAAGAAGCCGAAAGAAUAUUUAGUACCAUGCCCCAGUUGGAUGUGAUAGCUUGGAAUUGUCUCCUCGCUGUGUAUUGCCAAAAUCAUGAUGUUGAGAACGCAAAGACAUUUGUUAGGACUAUGGUGGAGUGGGACAUUACUUCGUGUAAUAUAAUGCUUUUGCUAUAUGCCCAAGAAGGGCAUUUUUGUAAGUGCAACAGAUUUUUUUCCGACAUGCCGCAGACGGACAUGGUGUCUUGGAACACUUAUCUCGCCAUUUGCAUGAACUUUCGGAAAUUGGAGGAGGGUAAGUUCGUGUGUGAUAAUAUGCCGCAGAGAGAUGCAUCUUCUUGGUCUUUCAUGAUCACAGCAUAUGCCCAAGAAGGGUAUCUUGCAGAAGCGAGGGUGGUUUUUGAUUCACUGCCUUUCCAAAAUCCAGUAGGAAGGACGUCAAUCAUGGUUGGUUAUGCUCAAACUGGAAACCUAGAUGCCGCUUACAAGAUCUUCCAAGAGACACCACAGCGAGACCUGUUUGCAUGGAAUGCAAUGCUCGCAAUGUUUGCCCAAGACAGCGAGAAGCAAACCAAAACCAGAGGGAUGCUUGACGAGCUCAAACUCACCGACAAUCCAGACGAGUUCUGCUUCACGGCAGCGCUGGUUUCGUGCAGCCAUGGCGGGAAGGUUUCUCGAGCAAGGAGCUACUUGGCGUUGAUGAGCUGUGACUAUGGAUUGCCUCCAGCCAAGCUCCACUACAGCUGCAUGGUGGAUCUCCUGGGACGGGCUGGAUAUCUCCAAGACGCGCGCGAGCUCAUGGAAUCCAUGCCUUUCACCACCGAGGCAUCGGAUUGGAUCGGCUUUGCGGGAGCUUGCAGCAGCCAUAGCUCCCGCUUCCACGGAUCGAAGCUCGCGCUUGGGUUGGAUCCAAGCAACGCAACGGGGCACAUCCUCGUCUCGAACAUCCUGUGCAUGGGCUGA